GGAUGAGCACUUUGUUUCAAGAUGAGAUUCUAAAGUUAGGAUCGGGACGCAACGACUCCAGAUCCUCCACUCCUUUCACUUAUGACAGCGACUGUUCAGGAAGUGGGAUGGAUCCCGCUCCUACAAAACCUGACUCCGCUCCAACACGAGCCCAGGACUACGUGCCCUACUACGUACAGUUGAGUUCAACUAUGCAGGCGGACAGUCUAGUUGAGUGGCAAUACCCUCCUGACACGGGAGAUUGGUAUCUUCUACAGGAGCAAGUCAAAGAUUACCUUCAAGCUAGAAACUUCCAUCGUAGGUAUCCAGACAUACACAGACACCCAAUAGGAGCAGAAGAGAGGAACCACCUGUUUGACAUGGGAAUACUAAACGAGGCUAACUCCGCCUUCUCCUUCAUAGGCUUGUUGACAGAGGAUGUGUUGGAUGUAAUGAAGGAGGACUACCCUGCAAAAUACAAGAUAUUGUUAUCUGUCCUGAGGAAAAGGGAGCUGGGGAGAAAAGUACAGUCAGUGAUGAGAGAUGCUGACGAUGCUGAUGAGGAAGACCAAACAGAGAAAGUAGAUAAUUGUCUGAGAGAUAUCUUGGUAGAUGACGCACAGUCUUUCAACAAGCGACUCAAAGCUAAUCGUGAAAGCAAAUCGUCCUACACUUGUUCCAGCACGCAGAUGUUAUACGUGCCGCGCAACACCCAGCACAUUGCGCCGCGCAGCUACACGCGCCGUGGCAGAUACCCUGUGGCUGUGCUACCUGGACAGUACACGGACAGCGUACCAGAGUACACUUCAGAGAAGAUGUACACUUUACCUCUCAACACCACUCUCGUGUGUAGCAAGGCACCGGUGGAGAAAGCACCUGAGACUGUUACUUCAGUGCCUAAAAACAUAACCGUGAAAUGUGGCCAGUGCAGCAACGACUUGGGCAAGUCUGAGAACGUUAUCAAGUGUAACAAGUGCAGGUAUUACUAUCAUACUAAGUGUAUGAGCAUCAGUAAGACUAUGAUGAAGACGGUUACUAGGUAUGCGUGGGACUGCUCCAGUUGUAAAACUUGCUCUGUCUGCGACUCAGCUGAUGGAGAAGAAAGCCUGAUGUUUUGUGACAUUUGUGACAGAGGUUACCACACGUAUUGUGUAAACAUGAGCGCCUUGCCACGUGGGAGGUGGGAGUGUCGUCUGUGUGUGAUGUGUGCAUGCUGCAAUACCAACACUCCUGGAGACGGCAACUGGCGGUUCCAGCACAAUGAUCACUUGAAGUUCUUACAGACGAUGUGCUAUCCUUGCUCUAUAUAUUUCGACAAAGGUUGGUUCUGUCCAGUAUGCCUGAAGGUGUUUGACUAUGAUGCUGUUGACGAUCCGAUGGUUUGUUGUGAUUUCUGUGAUCGCUGGAUUCACACAGGUUGUGAUAAUAUAGAUGACGAGCACUACACGAUGUUAGGAGAAUCAGGGAGUCUGUACAAGUGUAUACUCUGCAGAGGAGAGAAAGAGGAGGUGUACGAUAAACAUCACAAGAAGUACAAGGAGGGAAACAAGGAGAACCAACUCGUAGAAAAGUCUUGAGUGUAAUUAACGAUAAUUUGUUAAUUACAUGUUAAAGUCUUGAGAGUAAUUAACGAUACUUUGUGGAACUAAGAUUCAGUUGAAAUGGCAAUUCGGCUCGCUUUUUAUAACCUGAUAUAAUAUCAGAGUUAUGGUAUAAAGCAGUUGCGUUUGUUGACUUUCAACAUAUUAUCUGUUUAUCUGUAAUUAUUUUUAUCCUAAGUUUCUAUAAAUUAUUUUAUGUAUUUUUUUCGUCAUUAUGUUCAAUUUUUAAUGAUAAUUAUACGAAUUAUUUAAAUUGCUGUUACUAUUUCAAUUCACGAGUAUAACUGAAUGUUAAUAAUCACACAUUUUUAAAAUAGAAGGUAAAUGAAAUCACACGCUUCAAAAAUAACGGUUUUAAAAUGUAAGUCUUAUUAAUUAGAAUGACCUUGCGAACAAACAUUACUAACUUACUAAGUUGAACUGUUUAUUAUGCGACUGUCUAUUAUAGCAGGGAUUUGAUUUGAAGGUUUAUUAAGAUAUUAUAUCUUUUUUCAGCUUAGCAGUUGGACAAGUUACACGUCGUUUUAAUUGGAAGGAAUUAUCUAAAUGAAUGGAUUUCUCUGUGACGACAGCUUCAUCAGAAUCACUAAUAUUAUUUGGUAUAAUAACAAUAUAGUAGUGUUG